CAUAACUACAUACGCUUUUGCGUUUCGCGGUGUGGACCAAUUGGCAAUUACCGAAUCUUUGUUUCAUUGAUCGGUUGAACCAGGCUUGCAGCUUUGAAAGAUCCAAGAUCGGCGUGCUCGUUCGAUAGCGAAAUACAGAAACGUAAGGCGUGCGGACGCCGGACUUUGUUUAGUAGUAGACGUAUUUUGAUACCUUGCCGGUCGUUGGGUAGUGGCUACCGCAAAAUUUAAUCAAUUUUGUGUUUAUUGUUUGCGCGUUCGUAUUUUAAUUUUAAAAUUCACUCCUUUUUAAUAUUAGGAUGAGCGAAGAACAAGGGGAAAAUACGCGCAUGAAUGUGGCUAAGGAUGAAUCACCAGAAGUCGAAAACAAAGAAUUAAAUGAAACUGAAAAAGAUGUUGCGAUAAUGCAAUCAGAUGAUAAACAUUUAUUAGAGAAUAAAUGGACAUUUUGGUAUUAUGAACCAAAAGGUAAAAUUUCGGCAGAAAAUCUACAUAAAGUUACUAGUUUUGAUACUGUUGAAGAUUUUUGGUGCUUAUUUAAUCACAUUAAAAAACCAAGUCAACUUUCGUUACAAAGCCAUUACAGCUAUUUUAAAUACGGAAUCAAACCUAAUUGGGAUGAUGAUAAGAAUAGUGCUGGUGGACGUUGGAUAUUGGAGAUUCCAUUAUCAAAUAAAAUCCAUCUUAUAGAUGAAUAUUGGAUGAAAAUAUUAUUGAGUAUGAUUGGUGAAGUGUAUGAUAGUUCUGAAAUUAAUGGAGCUAUAAUUAGCAUACAAAGCAAAAUAACUAAACUAUCAGUGUGGACAAACAAUGCAUCUAAAGAUAAUAAGAAUAACAUUCUGGCCAUUGGAAGUAAAAUAAAAGAAGUUUUGGAUACACGAGAUAUAAAAAUGGUUUACGAGUCUUUCAAACGUACAGAAAAUAAACAAAAUUCAUUUAUAAAACGCAUGUAUAGCUUGUGA